CAUUACACAAGAAUAUAAAAAUAGCACCACUGUCCCACUUGACUACUUUUACUUCUUUAUUUUUCAACUUUUCUUUAUUAAAAACUCAAGUGCAAACAAAUUCAAAGUACUAUAAGUGAUAGCAGGGCUUUUUGGUGGAAAGUGGAAACUAAGCGUGUAUGUUCCAACAUAACUUUGUUGUAAUAUUUAAUUACUACCACUAGGCGUUUGAGCUGCUUGCCAAAAUAAUCCAAGAGAGAAUCAGAGUUUUGUUGUGAUUUCUUUCUUCUCAAGCUAUUCUUUUUCUUCUUACAAACUAAGAAACUAAUGGAGGGUAUCCAAUUUCAGAGAGAAAAUCUGCUGUUCCUCUCAAAUUCUGUGAAGCUGUUGUUAGAAAACCAUCUUUUUACUGACUUCGCCGAUAACUCCAGGUAUGACUUUUCAUUUUUGAAGAAAACACUGUUGGAUCUUCAAGAUGUUCUACUUUGUCAUGAUCUGGAGAAACUCAUCCCUAUUCCAGCUGUCAACCUAUCGCUGGAUUCGCUCAGAUAUGAUGUCUUUCAUCUUGCUACUUUCUUUGACAAAAUCGAUUUUUCAUUGAGGUAUGGUACCUUUAGUAUUAAGCUGCUCAAAAAUCUUGUUUGUUUAAAUCAUGCAAAUGAUGUGAUUAAUUAUAAAACGAAAAGAUUAAUUGAAAUAUCACUGGGCUUGAGUUCAGGAGAACAACUAGCUGAAUUAAGUCUUUCCAAUUCUAAUUUGGAUGCUGAUUCUUCUAUUUAUGGAAGAGACGCUGAUAUUCAGAAACUUAAACACCUUUUGUUCUCUCGUGAUGAUGAUGAUGGUAAAAUAAGAGUGAUUUCCAUUGUUGGUAUGGGAGGGAUUGGUAAAACAGCCCUUGCCAAACACCUUUACAAUCAUCCUCAAGUUAAGGCCAAAUUUCAGGUAAGAGUAUGGGCAGAUUUCUCAGAGCAUGUUGAUGAUUUCUCAAAUUAUGGGCAGAUUUUUAAAACCAUUCGUGAAUCUAUUACUUCACAAACAACCAGAAGUGAUACAACUGACAUCAAUACCAUUUACCCAAAAUUUUUGAUAGUACUUGAUGGUGUGUGGAACCCAAGAUUUGUCAAUUUGACAACCUUACUGAUGGAUAACUUUAAUGCUGGGGAAACAGGAAGUAGGAUCAUUGUAACAUCAAGAGAUGAAAGAAUUGCAAUAUCCAUGCAAACCUUUCUUUUUGUCCACUAUUUGAGACCUUUGGAAAUUGAAGAUUGGUUGUCCUUAUUUUCCAAAUAUGCAUUUGGACCAUGUCACAACCGACAAAAAUCCCAUCUAGAAGAAAUCAGUAGGGAAAUUGCUAAAAAGUGUGAUGGAUUACCAUUAGCUGCAGUAGCACACGGGCCUCUUCUUCGCAUCUUAUUGUUCCAAGACGACUGGAAUUAUGUGCUGGAAAGUAAUGUUCGGGAUGUAGAUUAUGAGGUGCACGCUUCUCUCGAACUUAGCUACAAUUUUCUUUCUAAUCCUUUAAAACAAUGUUUUCAAUAUUGUUCAAUUUUUCCAAAGAAGUCCAUCUUAGAAAAAAAGACGGUAGUUCAGUUGUGGAUUGCAGCAGACUUACUUCAAUCAUUGUCCGAAGAUCAGGAAAAAGUUGGAGAAGAAUAUUUUGAUGAACUAGUAUCAAGGUCAUUGAUACAUCGGCGAUCUAUUGGUGACAAGGAAAGAAACUUUGAAAUGCACAACUUAAUCCAUGAUAUGGCUACAGAGGUUUCAUCUCCAUACUAUAUCAAUAUGGACAAACAUGACCUACAUGAUAAGGUGCAUAGCUUAUCAUACAAUAGAGAGGCAUAUGAUUCUUAUGAUAAAUUUUAUAAAUUAUAUGAAUUAAAGUUAAACGGCCUGUUUACUUUUGUAGCAUUACCAUUACAAGAACAAUUGCCUCUUUGUUUGCUAUCAAGUAAGGUACUACAUGACUUGCUUCCAAGGAUGAAACAGUUACUGGUGUUGUCUCUGUCAAACUACAAGAGUAUCACCAAGGUUCCCAAGUCUAUUGGAAAUUUGUUAUACAUGCAAUACUUAAAUCUUUCUCACACAAAUAUUGAGAGUUUGCCUUCUGAAAUAUGCAAGCUUUACUAUCUGCAGUUCUUGUUGCUGGCAGGCUGUAAAAGGCUCACUGAAUUGCCGGAGGACAUGGGCAAAUUGGUUAACCUGCGCUACCUUGACGUUAGUAACACCGCAUUGAGGGAGAUGCCUGUACAAAUAGCAAAACUAAAAAAUCUCCACACUUUGUCUGACUUUGUUGUCAGCAAACAUAAUGGUGGAUUGAAUAUUGGAGAGCUAGGAAAACUUCUCCACCUACAUGGAAAACUUUCAAUCUCGCAGCUACAAAAUGUUAAUGACUCCUUCGAAGUAGAUCAAGCCAAUAUAAAGAUGAAAGAACAAAUAGAUGAGUUAGCUUUGGAAUGGGAUUGUGAUGGUACUACUUUAGAUUCACAAAUUCAAAGUGUUGUGCUUGAAAAGUUGCGACCCUCAACAAAUUUGAAAAGUCUCACCAUCAAAGGCUAUGGUGGAAUCAACUUCCCCAAUUGGUUAGGUGAUUCUUUAUUUAGCAACAUGGUGCAUUUAAGGAUCUCGAAUUGUAAUGAUUGUUUAGGGCUUCCAUCCCUUGGAAAAUUGGGUAAUCUGAAAGAACUCGUUAUUGAAGGGAUGCAAUCAGUGGAGACAAUUGGUAUUGAGUUCUAUGGAAGUGGUGAUUCUUCAUUUCAACCAUUUCCCUCUUUGGAGAGUCUACACUUUGAGAAUAUGCAAGAGUGGAAGGAAUGGGACUUGAUUGGAGAUACGGCUACAACGUUUCCUAAUCUAAAAACUUUAUCGCUAAGAAAGUGCCCGAAACUGAUUGUUGGAAACAUAACUGAAAAAUUUCCUUUCUUAACUGAACUUGAGUUAAAAGAAUGUCCUUUACUGGUACAAUCAAUGCCAUUAUCUGAUCAUGUAUUCAGGCAACUGAUGUUCCCUUUGAAUCUUCUUCAACAGCUGACCAUAGACGGCAUUCCAUCUUCAAUGUCUUUUCCAACAAAUGGUCUACCAAAAACCUUGAAAUUUCUGAUAAUCAGUAACUGUGAAAAUCUAGAGUUCCUUCCUCGUGAAUACUUGUCCAAUUACACAUCGCUUGAAGAAUUGAAAAUAUCUUAUAGCUGCAAUUCAAUGACAUCAUUUACCUUGGGUGCUCUCCCUGUCCUCAAGAGUCUGUUUAUUGAGGGUUGUAACAAUCUGAAAUCAAUAUCAAUUGCAGAAGAUGUGUCACUAAAGAGUCUCUCAUUUCUUAGAAGCAUCAAAAUAUGGGAUUGUAAUGAAUUGGAGUCAUUUACCCUAGGUGGAUUGGCCACUCCAAAUCUUCUCUAUAUUGCAAUGUGGAAGUGUGAGAAGCUUCAUUCACUACCAGAAGCAAUGAACAGUCUAGCCGGCCUUCGAGAAAUGGAAAUUGAUAAUCUACCAAACCUUCAAUCUUUAGUCAUAGAUGAGUUGCCUAGUAGUUUACAAAAACUGUCUGUUGGCUAUGUUGGUGGGAUUAUGUGGAAUACUGAGCCAAGUUGGGAACAUCUCACUUGUCUUUCAGUGUUGCGAAUUAACGGUGAUGAUACGGUGAACAUGUUGAUGGGGCCACUGCUACCUACAUCGCUUGUGAAAUUGUGCAUUUGUGGUCUUAAUGAUACAAGCAUUGAUGAGAAGUGGCUUCAGCAUCUCACUUCUCUCCAAAACCUUGAGAUUAUUAACGCUCCCAAACUCAAGUCGUUGCCAAAGAAAGGAUUUCCUUCCUCACUUUCAGUACUAAGUGUGACUCGCUGUCCAUUACUAGAAGCAAGUUUGCGGAAAAAGCGGGGGAAAGAGUGGCGUAAGAUUGCUCACAUUUCCUCAGUAGUUAUUAAUGACGAAUUGAUCACAUGAGUCUUGUUCGAAUCUACCAAGGGCUUCAAGGGUAAUUGAUGGCUUGCACGAAGAUGGUAGCAGCGACAUAACAUCUCUUUCUGUCAGGAGCAGAUGAGAAGGAGAAAUACCAAUAUUGGCUUGAACAGAGAGGAUUUAGAAAUCUGCUGUUUUAGCAAAACUAGUGAUUUUGGCAUCAAUUGUGUUGGAAGGAGCUUGUUAAUGAUGCCACUCAAAAUUGCUUCAGUUAAUGCUGUGGACUAUCAAACUUAAUUUACUUCUAAAUCGCAAUCAUGAAGUCAAUCUAAUAGUGGAUUUCACUGCUGCUACCAGACUCAGAACAUGCAGAAAUGAUCGAACUUGUGGCCUAACUCGAUAUGAAGAUUGACUUGUGUGUUAACAUUACUGCCAUUUUUUCUUGGAAGUCAGUUAGGCUGAUAGGGUUUGUAUUUGCUCAACUGGAGAGGUAGAAUUGUCCAACAGUUUUCUUCACAAAGUAGAAGAUUAUGAAAUGCACCGUGACACGUAGAUGUGUGGGUUUAUAACAUUGAAGUUUGUGUGGUUUUGUUUAGAUAUUUCCUGUUUGUUGUGAUACAAUAAUAUAACUAAAGGAAGCAGCAGCAGGGAUGGUGGUGAGUUGCUUAGUUUGGAUGAUGGAAGCGGAAGAGGAGUAGGAGAGAAGAAGAAAUUGAAGAACUUAAGAUAAGAUUCUGAAAUGUAACAUAAUAACACCCAAGAUCUUGGAAAGGAAGCUUGGCAAGUUAGGAGAAUCAAAAUCCAUAUGGCGACUUUCAAACAAACAAGUCAGAAGUUUAAGACUCCAAUUUGGCCACUUUCAACCGGCAAUAAGUGCCUUUAAUAGCUCCAAUCUUAGCUGAGAAGUCAAAGCAAACAAAUCACUCUUCUAAAGCAAUCAAAUGAUGAUCAUAUUGGAAUUUUGUCUGCUCCAACAAUAUGCAGGUAUCCUCAACAACAUCAACAAUAUUGUAGCACCUAGACUAGGGUGAGGAACUUGCAGCAAUAUCUGAUCAUCAAUACUGGCCACGACAUGCUAUGCAACAACGUCACUAAUAUACACCUUAUUUGUCUGCAGCAGCUUUCGGUUCCGCAGUUUGUUCAGUGAUAAAAUUGGCCCAACAUGGUGUUUGAAAUGGUGUGCACUCGACUUGAGUGACUAGCAUAAUCACAUAGUCAGAAGUCAAUUCCCAAUACUAUUAACCUGAGUCCCGAUUUGAUGACAUGUUUAGACGGAUUUGAAGGCAAUAGUGACAGUGUUAACGAUCUAAUAUUCGAUAAUGUAAACUCGCUGUCCAAGAGCUCCUCGUUCAAGUUUACUCGGUUUAAUAUACCUCACCAUGCAAAACCAACUUUCUUCAUCGGUAUAAAAGCAAAGGCUUCUGUAGACCAAUAAGGUGCAUGUUGGUGCAUAUGAGGAUGAGCAAAUGGCGUUUGAUCUGCCCCAACAAUCUUGUAAGCCACUAGCUUAGCUUAGCAUUUGAUGUGACAUUAGUGAUGUGGGUAGUCUGCAGUUUGUUUUAUACCUUUUGUACUCAUGCACACUGCCCUUAAGAAAAAGUAUUGAAAACAUAAUAGUAUCGAUAAUGAUUUUUUAUAUAUAUGAAAUUUUUUUACAUCAUUGCACAGACAAUCGAAAUAUCAUACAUGGAGCGAUAUAGCCGACAACAUAUAUUCUCUGUUUUGGCCAUGUCUAUGUUGACAAUGUUUACAUGUUAAAAUUUUAUGGCACUUUAAAAUGAUGGUUUUGGUGAAUUUGAUGUUAAAAUCUAUCAAAAGCUUGAAAGAAAUGGACCUAUUUGAAUCGAGAAGGAAAUUGAGAAGGAAGAAGAUUCCUACUAUUUUGAAAACAUAUUGUUAAGGUGGGAUGAGUUUAACUAGUAACAAUAUAUCAUUACUAAGUUUUUAAUUGAUAAAGACAACUUGAC